AUGAUUGGAAAAACGAAGACAAGUAUGCUGACAAUCUUGUUCUGUGCCACAGAAGUACUUACCAGAUUCCAUACAGGAUCAUCUGGACUAAUAUCAGACGGAGAAAGAAAUUCAAUAAUGUCACUAACAGACACAAAAUCUAGUGCUGAUCAAAAGUCAAAUGACUCUAGCUCUAAGAAUGAUAAAAAAGAUAAUUCAAAGAAGGACAAUAACUCAAAGUUAUCUUCACUUACAAAUAAAACGGACUCUAAUGCUGGAGAUAAUAAAUCUAGCAGUAAAGACAGCAGUGAAAAGAAAAAAAAGGAUAGUGGGACAUCUUCAUCAGAUACAGAAAAAAAUAAUUUGAUAGGAUCUUCGGAUGCUACUAAAUCACCAAUUGAUUCUUAUCUGACAGAUCCAAGUAGCAAACAGAAUGAAUCUAAUAGCGAGCUAACUGACAGCAAAAAAACGGAAGAAAAGGACAAGAAUCCUAAAAAUGAUAGCAAUGCUACGACUCCUAAGAGUGAGAAAUCAUCAUCAAAAUCUGGAAAUAGCAAAAGCAAGCUUGUGGAUUCAAUGGAAAAUGAGUUACCAGAAACUAUUUUAAAGGCUUCGAGACUUGUUGAAAAUCCAUUAAUCAAGGAUAAUAAAAAGAGUGAUUUGGUAGGUUCAGACAACAUCUUUGAUUAUGUAAAGGAGAAUAGUGGAAAGCUUGACUCGCUUUCAGGACUAGUUGAUACCGUAAUUACAAAUCGUAAUAGCGACAAGCCAAUGAAGGGAUCGUUUGGAAAAGACAGCACUGCCUUAGUUUAA